UCUCAAACCUCGACUUGACUUUUGUCGAAAGUUUGCUUUCCUCCAAGAGUUGAACAUGUUCACAAUAAGGCUGCUCCUAUCUUGUUUGCUUUUCAAAGAUGUUCUUGCGCUGUCCGGAAAAUUUUGGCACAUCACGGAUAUGCACUGGGACAACACAUACGAACUGACGGAUAAUCCUGAACGCGUGUGCGCAUCAAGUGGUGGACGGCCUGCGGCCAAUGCUGGGGUAUUUGGAGACUAUGCUUGUGACUCGCCAUGGCACCUGAUCAACUCCUCUGUGUAUGCCAUGAAGGAUAUCCUACCAGACCCAGACUUCAUCGUGUGGACAGGAGAUGACACGCCGCACGUGCCCAAUGAGGAUCUGGGAGAGGAAAAAGUGAUCUCCAUAAUCAGGAACCUGACCAACAUAAUAACUGAAGUGUUUCCAAACACUAAAGUGUACUCUGCCUUGGGCAACCAUGACUACCACCCUAAGAACCAGCUUCCUGAAGGCCCGGACAACAUCUAUAACCAAAUAACAGAAAUGUGGCAGGAUUGGUUGGAUCCAGUUUCCCAAGCAACAUUUAAAAGCGGUGGAUAUUACACAGAAAAGCUGCUCAAUCGAACAGGUUUCAGGAUGAUGGUCCUCAACACUAAUCUCUACUAUGACCAGAACAAGCGGACCCAGGACCUGGGGGAUCCAGCGGCCCAGUUUAGCUGGGCCGACCAGGUUCUUACAUUGGCUGCCAACAACAACGAAAAGGUGUAUAUCAUUGGUCACGUUCCUCCGGGUUUCUUUGAGAAGAAGAGAAGCAAGAUGUGGUUCAUGCCUAAAUUCAACAAGCUAUACUUGGAUUUAAUUCAGAAGCAUCAUCCAGUCAUACUCGGACAGUUCUUUGGCCACCAUCAUACUGAUAGCUUUCGGAUGUUCUACUCAAACGGCUCUCCUAUCAGUACGAUGUUCCUCAGCCCAGGUGUUACACCAUGGAAAACAACACUUCCUGGAGUUGUCGACGGAGCCAACAAUCCUGGGAUCCGUCUCUUUGAAUAUGACACCCAAACACUCUUGGUUAAAGAUGUGGUGACGUACUACCUCAACCUGGCUCAGGCUAACGCAGCCGGCGGACACUGGAAGCAGGAGUAUCGUCUAACAGAGAGCUUUAAAGUCCCGGACGCCUCCCCAGCCUCAAUGCACAAGGCUCUGGAGAACAUUGCUAAUGAUGACCACCUCCUACAGAUGUACUACAAGUACAACUCUGUCAAUUAUGACCUCACAGAGUGUAACAAGGACUGCCGUGCUGACCACGUGUGCGCAGCCAGAGAGGUAGACCUUGGCAACUACGAGGAAUGUCUGGUAAAAGAACGGGCAGCUGCAAUUUAUGCUGGGUUGCUGCCGGUCCUCUCUGUGGCUGUAAGUCUAGUGUUGGCCAAGUGGUAAUGAUCAUUUGUAUCACAGGUAAUGUUUCAAAUAUAUUAUCAUUAUUACAAAGACAUUCCAGAUCAAGAGCAUUUCAGUCAUUUUAUGUUUUAAAUUAUAUAACAUGUAUGAUUUAAGUGAGUCAGGGAAAAAACAACCUUUGGCUCCGGCAAUCUUUAGUGUGGCCUCUUUACCUUGGUUUAUUGGUAGUAGUUAAAUAUUUAAUUUCCAGCCAUUAUAUAUAU